AUGUACCUCCUGGCACUGGCCACGUGUGUAGCUGCUCUGAGCCACUGUGCUCUUGCAGGGAAAGUCUGUUCCAGGCCACCAGAGGUGCUAUUUGCCACAAUUAAUGUAGACAAAAGCGUGUAUGAUGUGGGUGAGGAAAUAGAAUAUACCUGUAGGCCUGGGUUUGUGCCCAAUAAUGGCCAAAGGAAGUACACCUGCCUCCCGACUGGCAAGUGGCCUCUCAAUACGCUGCUGUGCCUACCAAAGAGAUGUCCCACUCCUGGAUCCCUGCAGCAUGGAAAAAUUGAUUUUAUAGACCACCACUAUCAGAGUUCUCUAAGUUUUUCAUGUGAACCAGGUUACAACCUUGUUGGGACAAGAACAAGCCAAUGCAUGGCAGAUGGAAAAUGGAGUGGAACUCUCCCACAGUGUCAACCUGUAACCUGUGCACCUCCCUCACUCCCUGAAUUUGGAGUCCUUUCUUACCGUCGCUUAAAACCUGGAAAUGUUUCCUAUUUCCUGGACACAAUUGCUUUUGAAUGUGUACCUCCUCUUGCAAUUAUUGGGAAUGAGACAGCUACCUGCAUGGAAAAUGGGAAGUGGAGCAGCAUUCCAGAGUGCAAGGUUGUCACGUGCCCCACCCCAACGGGAAUAGAAAAUGGAUUCAUAGAGUUUGCAGUUCGCAGAACAUAUCACUAUAAUGAAAGUGUCAGCUUCGCCUGCCAGGACAGCUACGUGCUGGAUGGACCUAAACAUUCCCGAUGUGAAAAGAGUGGAAACUGGUCCACAAAGCCAACCUGUAAAGGACCAUGUAAAAUACCAGUUAAGAAAGCUGUGGUGUUAUACAAUGGUGAGAAGAAAAGAGUUCAGAAUGACCUUAAGGAAGGCAUUCAGCAUGGUGAAACUAUAUCCUUCUUCUGCAAGAAUAAAGAGAAAUCCUGUGCCUACACUGUAGCUGUUCCAUGUGUGGAUGGCAACCUUACUCUCCCUGCCUGUUUCAAAGAACGUGGCUUUUUUUCAUCUCUUGUGAAGAAGGACCCAUCAGACAUGAAACCAUGUGAAGAAGAGCACGAACCACAGCAGUACAACAAGCCCGCCUUCAAUGCACCGUUUGAUGCUCUUCGGAGCUUUUUUCACUACUGGCUUCAGCAGCAGCUCCUCAAAUUCAACCAUCUCAGCCUUCAGGGCUUCCCCCACGGGCAGCACCAGAGCAACCGCUCGCCUCAGGCUUCCUGCCACCGCCCGGGGCCGGGCCCGGCCGCGCUGUCGCCGUCACCGGCCGCGUCGCCCAGCAACCCGCGGAAACGGAAACGCGCGGGGCCGGCAGCCGGCGGAGGCCGCCGGGAGCGGGGGUGGGAUCGGUUUGAACAGUUGGCCGCUCGGCCGGGCCGGCUCUGCGCGGGGUGCUCCUUCUCCGCUGGGAGGGGGCCGGGACCCGCCGGCCCGGCUCGGCCCCCCGCUUUCUCCCGGAGCCAGGCGAGGUAA